GCCAGCCCUGCCGACGUGGCGGGGCGGGACCCGGCGGGCGCUCCCGCGCGCACUCGGCCGGCUGAGCGAUAUUAAAAUGUCUGACGAUGGCGAUGACACCUUAGCCACUGGCGACAAAGCCGAAAAAACCGAUGUGCCCGUUAGUGAUACUUUACCCAGCGAUGCACCAGUGCUCUGUGAUUCAGCUACGAUUUCAAAUGAGCUAACGCCCGCCAACCCCGGACGAGAUGUGCCUGAAAAUGCAGCCGCUCAGGGUGCAGAGACGGCCGACACUGGACUUGCUGAGCCGCCCGAAGACCCUGGUGCCAUGGGGCCCCCUCUCAACGAAGAAGAGACUGAGGAGGCCCUUGCUGAGUGUGUUGACUCCGUCAGCCUGGAGGCAGAACCUGGAUCUGAAGUACCCCUGAAAGAACAGAGUAAUCCGGCUGUGGAUUCCUCGCCACGUGGAGGAGGAUGGGCAGGCUGGGGCUCUUGGGGCAAAUCUCUGCUCUCGUCAGCAUCUGCCACAGUAGGUCAUGGAUUAACAGCGGUCAAGGAAAAAGCAGGGGCCACCCUCCGGAUGCAUAGUGUGAACUCUGGCUCUUCCGAAGCGGCCCAACCUGAUACAGAAAACGAAAUCCCCCAAAUAGCAGAUGCGGCUGCAGAUCAGAGCCCCGCAGAGACCCCCCCCACUUCUCCCUCAUCAGGGUCGCGGGGCGUGCUGUCAGCCAUCACCAACGCGGUUCAGAACACAGGUAAAAGCGUCUUAACGGGUGGUCUUGAUGCUUUGGAAUUCAUUGGCAAGAAAACCAUGAAUGUCCUCGCGGAAAAUGACCCAGGUUUUAAGCGGACCAAGACACUCAUGGAGAGGACUGUUUCCUUGUCUCAGAUGCUGCGGGAAGCCAAGGAGAAGGAGAAACAGAGGCUGGCCCAGCAGCUCACAGCCGAGAGGACUGCGCACUAUGGGAUGCUGUUUGAUGAGUAUCAAGGUUUGUCACACCUGGAAGCCCUGGAAAUCCUGUCCAAUGAAAGUGAAGGCAAGGUUCAGUCAUUUUUAGCAUCACUUGAUGGAGAGAAGCUGGAACUCUUAAAAAAUGACCUCAUUUCCAUUAAAGACAUCUUUGCUGCCAAAGAACUAGAGAAUGAAGAGAAUCAAGAAGUGCAAGGCAUAGAAGAAAAGGGAGAAGAAUUUGCUAGCAUGCUUACAGAGCUUCUCUUUGAAUUACAUGUUGCGGCCACGCCUGACAAACUCAAUAAGGCGAUGAAAAAAGCUCAUGACUGGGUGGAAGAGGAUCAAACCGUGGUGCCAGUAGAUGUGGCUGAAGAGUCAGAGGACAAAGCUAAGAAAGAAGAAAAGGAAGAGAACCCCGAAGGUCCCGAAGAAAAGAAGGAAGAAAGGAAAACUAAGACAGUUGAGGAAGUAUACAUGCUGUCCAUCGAAAGCCUGGCGGAAGUAACAGCUCGCUGUAUUGAGCAGCUUCAUAAAGUAGCAGAAUUAAUUCUUCAUGGACAAGAAGAGGAAAAACCAGCUCAGGACCAAGCAAAAGUUCUGAUAAAAUUAACUACUGCCAUGUGCAAGGAAGUGGCCUCCUUAUCAGAGAAGUUUACAAAUGCUUUAACCACUGUCGGGAGCAACCGGAAGGCUGAGGUCCUUAACCCCAUGAUCAAUAGUGUAUUGUUAGAGGGCUGCAAUAGCACCGCAUACAUACAGGACGCCUUCCAACUGCUGCUGCCUAUCCUGCAGGUUUCACACAUCCAGACCAGCUGUUCCAAAGCACAGCCGUGACCUGGCCAGACUCCAUCGAGUUCAAGGAAACAGCAGGCCCUGGUGCUUUGAUAAAUACCAUUUCAUGGGAUGUUUUCCACACAUCUGGCCACAGGUGCUCAUUUGAAGUCACUACAGCAGUUUUGCACAGACAGCAUGGAGAAAGCAAGUUGAAAGAAGAGUAUCAUUUCUCUUGCUGUAUAUGGUUGUUUUUACAAAUAAUUGUUCCCUUUAUGUUAAUUUAAACUGACACAGCUCUGUAUUGAUAAUUUCCUUUUAUUUGGAGUUCACUCAGAAAUAUUCCAUUUUCCUGGUCAAGCAUGUUAUAUUUAGUAAUUCAUGGACAGACCCUAGACUUUUCAUUCCACUUUUAAAUUUCUCAUUCUUAUAGUAGGACUUUAAAUCAAUUCUUAUACUGAACUUAGUUUUGUUAUAUAAAUGCCACGAGCAGAGAUAACACUACUUAUAGAUUUUACCUCUUAUGGUGGAAAGAGAAACAUAAGUAUCUCUUUAUAGCCAUUCAUUCUUGAAACAAGCAUUUAUUGAGUUCCUACUGUGCCCUCACAGUAGAGGCAUAUGAUCUCACCCCAGUUGAGGCGGACAUUCUGAAAGAGGAUUUAUAAGAAUUCUGAAAAUGUUUUGGAAUACUAGUAAAUUUUCUAAACCUCAAAAAAAUUUGAAGAACAAGGUAAAUGAGUGGCUUUUGAAGUAUUGAAUCCUUCCAUUUAUUGUGUUUUUUUUCAUAUUCCUUGAACUUUUUUAUCCCAAAGUUACAUAUGGAUGAAAAUAUGUAUCAAAAGGGAUACUAAAGAA